ACAUUCGCCUUCAAUAGAAAAAAACGAGGAAAAAAACUGGCUCCCAACGGCGCGAACCGGCUCCUGUCGUUCAUUUGAAAGAGCCGGCUCUUACAGCCGAUCCGUUCGCGAACGACACAUCACUAUUGAGGAACUUUUGUUGUCACGAUUGUUUGAUUGUUGGCAACUUUUCAGCUGAGGACGCAGAGGAAACAAACACGACACAAGAAAAGAAGCCGUCGAGCGCAGCCUGAGAGGAGCGGCUUUACGGCGGAGGAGAAGGCAUGGGCUGCGGCCACAGCAAGAAGAAAAGUAAGAAAGGCAACAAGUCCACCAAAGAUGGAGGCAAGCGUCGCGCUCACGUGGCGUUGGAGAAACAACUGGAGCGCUUUGAGUGGCAGCUGAUCAUCUUAAAGGAAGUGCUCUCGGCCAAUGGCAACACCGAGAGGGCGGAGCUUCUCAAGGAGCACGCCGACGAAGAAGUGUGCACGCUCGUGCUCGGCAUCCUUGACAAGGUGAAGACGGAGACGGCGGCUCGCAUCAACGCUGUCCAUCAACAGCAAAGUCAAAAAGUUUCAGAGCAACACCAGCGCCAUGUGCAUGAGCUGCAGAAAGCUCAUGAGGAGGUCAAAGGUCAUCUGACUGAGCGUUUCCAGGAGGCUGAGAACCACUUGAAGGCUGAGGUCAGUGGGCUGAAGGCGGAGCUAGAGUGUUACAAGCAGCUGAAGAGGCGUGUCCAAGACUGCACCUUCAAGAAGGAUCUGAUCAGGAACAUCCAGGCGCAUGGCAGUCCAGGUGUGUUCUGGGAGUCUGAGCAGGAGUCUUUACUGUUCGUCAUUGAGAUGAAGAGUGAGCGUGUGCAGGAACAAAACAGAAAGUUGCAGCAGAUGGAAGAACUGGCAGAGGAGAAGAAGAGUGUGGAGGAGCGUCUGGUUCAAGUGUCACAGCACAAUGAUGAUCUGAGAGGACGUCUGGACAACACACACGCUGUCCUACAGCAGCUGUCCAGGGAGCAUCGGGACAUGAAGGUGGCGCUAGAGAGGCAGCUGGCGCUCAACCAGAAGCUGGCACGGGAGAAAGAGCAGCUAGUCUUCAAGCUGACAGACUCCUGUCCCGCCAUCAACAUGGCCGCCGCCGUCACCAUGUUGCCCGAAGUCACACCGUCGUGACUGUCACGCCGUCGCUCGCGGCCGCCAUCUCGGUGUUUUGGUGUCAGAUUAUACCGGACGAGAUGGAGACGAGUCCUACUUUUAUUUCAUGGAUGUUUUACAACGUGAUGAUGUCACUGCCUUUUAAGGAACUUCCUCUGCCCAGGCAGUGCCAACAUGCUUGUAAAUGCUUCAAAACAAAUGUUUAACGUGAAGAUUCAGACUUUUUCAAAAUGUUUACAUGUUGACGGGUUAGCACGUUAGCAUGUAGCACCACGUUGUUGUGUGCCAAAAACCCCGUUCAGUGUUGUGAAAAUGAGAACUGUCGUCAAGCACUCGCACUUUUUCACACGCAUGCUUGUAAUUUUUUCUUGUUUUCUUCCACUCUCCCAUCGUUCCUUUCUUAGUUGUUUUGGAGGAUCUUUUUGUUACAACUCAAUAAAAAGUUCAAA